UGCAUUUCGCACGGGAUGCCGAUCAAUACGUUGUAUGUACUGUAUACAUUCACAUCGGUGUCGAGUUGGCGAAGAGCUGCACUGCUUUUACGAUUUGAACGUUGGUUAACGAUCAGAAUUCAUCACUGUUACCGGCCAUUACCACUUACGAUUCAUCAAAGAGGUUCAAAUGUACGCAGUGAGCAUUAGUCACAUCUACAGCUUGAGAAUCCAUUACUGUUUCCGACAAUCUUCCACUUCCCAUUCAUCAAAGAGGUUCAAGUGUACGCAGUGAGCAUUAGUCACAUCUACAGCAUCAGUCACAUCUACAGCUUGAGGUUACAGGAGCCAAUUCUCAUCAAGAUGGCUGAAGCUGCUUUACACACCGAGACCACUUGCAAGAUUAGACAUGUACACAUCGAAUGCCCAAUCUGCCUGAGUCGGUUCACCGAUCCGAAAAUCCUAGACUGUCUUCACAGCUUCUGCUUAAAAUGUCUUCAGGAACUUACAGACAAACAGGAUCCGAAGACGGAUAUUAUUAUUUGCCCAAUGUGUAAAAAGAAAACAUCAAUCCCAGAUGGGGGAUUGUCGGGUCUUCUUAGCUGCUUUUUCUUGAGCUCGCUUGUUGAUGACGUCAUUAAUCUUGAAGGUCCGAAGGAGGACAUUAACCCUCCUGUCUUGGCUUGCGAACAAUGCGACGAAGGUCUUGAAGCCGUCUCACGGUGUGUCGACUGUGAUGCGAACUAUUGCAAGACAUGUCUGGAACACCACGCAAGGCUAAAAGCUAUCAGUCAUCAUCAAAUCGUUAAUGCUAUCGGUUCGUCACAUGUGCGACCCAAAGACAAGGACAAAACUGAAACACAAACGUGCCGGAAACACACUGACCAGGAACUGUGUUUCUAUUGCGACACGUGUGAAUUACUUGUGUGUCUCAAAUGUGCGGUGUUCGAUCACCGAGCGUCCAACCACAAUCUCUCUGAAAUCAAUGAUUCCAUUCGAUCUUAUCGUCUAGCUGUUGAUGAAGCCUUGCAGAAGUUUGAUGAAUGUCGCAAGCAAUUCCAAAAAGUGGACGACUCUAUCAAACACUCACAGCGUAGAUUACAGCUCAUGGUCGACCAGGCUCUUCGAGAUAUUGUGGCUAAGGAGGAAGAGGAAAUCACUAAGAUAAGAAAUGCAUCUCGCCACCUUCAAGAAAGAGUCACACAAAUCGGUCAAGAAAGAGGUAAGGGAUUUGAGAGCAUACAGAGCAGCAAUCACGAUAAGAUUAGCCGUGCAGAGCAGAUCGUAGCUUCAGUCAAUGACUUGAUGCAACAUGCUGAUAACUUUGAGCUGCUGGACCUCAAGCCAAAAGUUAUGCACAACUUAGACUUCCACAAAGAGCUUCAGUUUCAAACAGUGCAGCAUAGCAAGUCAUUCAUCGGGUUCAAAGGUCAUAAUAUCGUCACUGAUGCAGAUCUCGGUGAAAUACUAGAGGAAGAGAAGUGGGAGGUUAAGACAGAGUUUGGUAAAAAAGGGAAAGGUGAGGGGGAGUUCAAGCGUGCAAGGGACGUUGCUUGUUUUAGCAAUGGUGACAUUGUCGUUACUGAUACAGCGAGGCGGCUAUUAUCCACAUUUACAUCAAAGGGUAGUUACAAAUCUUCAGGUGGUCAAAGUGGAACAGAGGACGGUAAACUAAUACAACCUUUUGGUGUUACCGUGACCUCUGAUGACCUGCUCCUGGUUACUGAUGGACAGGAUGUAAAGGUUUAUGAUAGAGAACUGAGAUACAUUCGUCAGUUCCGACCCUCACAGAAUCAAGUUGAGGGGCAGUCAAAGAGUCUACUUCGUGGUAUUUCUGUGGACAAUAAAGAUCGGAUUGCAGUGGCUGACUGUAAGAGAAAGGUCAUAUCUCUGCAUAAUAUGGAUGGAUCCAUCAUUUCCACAAUACAUCAUGAUGAUAUAAGUAGCGACUGCUUUCUAUCUAUAAGAAGCAAGGAGCGUCUGGUAUUCACACACUUCGGCAAGAUGAAUCUAGUUUGUGUGGAUUUCUUUGGAAACGAGGUGUUCAAUAUCAGCACCUCCAUUAACGGCAAAUCUGUCAAACCUUAUGGUGUGUGCUGCGACGAUGCUGGAGACAUUUUUUUGUCUGUUUAUUGCGGUGGCUGGGGAAUCAAUGAGAUACAUCAUUACGAAGCAUCAGGUGAGCACAUCGGCUGUGUAGCUCGUGGCUUGUACGCACCUCUAGACAUGACGUUUACUCCUACCGGUGACCUCAUCGUGGCUGAUCGUCACUCGGUCAAGGUCUUGCAUCGUCUGUGAAUGUCGAUGACGUCAUGGUCGAAAAUGAUACAAUAAUGUCAAAUGUGGAUGACAAUUGGAAAUUAACAACAUCCAAUAAUAAUAGUGACUAACCAAAACCAAGGCAUUCUCAUCAAGAAUAUUAAAAGAUAAUCAUCCUCGGCUCAAGCAUGAAUCACUGAACAAUGCCACAGUUUUGUUAUGCGCUUGUGUACAUUUUAUGGAAUGGGCGCAAUAUAAAUGAAUAAAUUAUUAUUUAUUUAAUUAAUAUGAAUAAUCUGUCAUUCCAACAAAUCCACGGUGAACUACUAUUCUAAACGUACCAAUAACCUUAUUAUAAAAUGUUUGAUUUUCGCUUUACUUUGAGUCACUUAUGAUUUUAUCUCUGCUGGGCUGGUUUACCAAACUUAAAGGUGGUAUGAUGUAAAAUCAUAACAAUAGACCGAUUGCACUACAGACGUCACGUGACCUGAGAUAGGUAUUACAUAUCAACAAACACGGCGUACUGCGUAUCAACGUGCGUUAAAAAGACAUGAUUAUUGUUGCAUUUGUUUGUUUAAUUGAGGUUUUUCUUUCUCGAAAUCACUGAAUAAAAUUCUGGAGUUUGUACCAUGAGACCUUACCGGUGGCUGAACAAUGCCAGUUGUAAUGGUUACACAGCCCACCAAUAUAGGAAAUUCUACGAGAGUGUUCACAUAAUGUCAUGUGUUUGUGCACGGAAAGUGUUGUUUACAUUGCCCUCAUUGUAAUGAUUUUGCUGCCAAUAUUUAAUGGCCAAUAUUUAAAAAACACAAUCUCCUGAAGAAGCUGCAAAUUCCUUUAUUUUCACCUUCAAAUUAUAUACUUAGAAGGGGUAGCUGUCAGCUAGAGUCGGACAACUUCGCGGUCUCCCUUGGCACAGCCCGACUUCACGCCGUG